AUGACGAAAUUUAAUGGCUGUGUGGAUACUUGUGGUCUUGUGGAGAUGCGUUUUCAGGGCCGAAUGAUGUCGUGGUGUAAUGGUCAUGUGGGAUCUUCAAAAAGUUGGGCUCGCCUAGAUAGAGCCUUGGUAAAUAUCAAUUUCUCUACUAAUUUCGGGUCGGCUUUUAUGGAAUAUUUAAUGAGAAAGUCGUUUGAUCAUUGUCCUAUGGUGUUGCAUCUGAGUUUGCCGAGAUCGUCGUAUGGGCCAUCUCCUUUUCGUAUUCAAAAUAUGUCGUGCUUGCAUGAGUCUUUUAUUAAGUUUGUAAAGGAUGUCUGGGUGCAACCAGAAUGUAGUCAUGGUCUUUUGAGGUUGGCAGCUAAACUGAAGAAGCUUAAAGUGGCAUUGAAAACUUGGAAUAAAAAUAUUUAUGGCAGGGUUGAUCUCACUAUAAAGGCACUAGAGGAAAAAAUGGAGUUGCUUGAUUUUCAGCUCCAAGAAGCACGAGACCCAGCAGUGGAAGCAGAGUUCCUAUUGACUGAGAUGGAAUUAGUUGAGUGGGAGACUAGGAAAGAAUGUAGAUGGGCACAAAAAGCAAAGCGGAAAUGGCUUCAAGAAGCGGAGCAGAAUUGCAGGUUUUUUCAUGCCUCAAUUAGUCAAAGAUGGAAGGCCUCUGUUGUGUCGUCCAUGUGUCUAGCAGAUGGGACAACGUUAGCAACGCCGGAGGAGAUUCAUCAGGGGGCUCUAGACUAUUUCAAAAAUUUCCUCACGUUGACGCCGAAUGUGCAUCAGGCUGAGUUAGCAGAUUUAAUACAGCAUUUGAUUUCGGAAGAGGAUAAUGAUCGACUUUGUGAUGCCCCUUCGGUUGAGGAGGUUCGGGCAGCAGUAUUCUCUAUUCCAAAACAUAGCUCGUCGGACCCAGAUGGCUUUGGAUCUGGUUUUUAUAUGGUUUGUUGGAGUAGUGAAGGAUGA